ACACAACAUGUGACAUUGUGUGUCACUGUAGUGUUUGUGGAUGAUAGGGAACAGUCAGAGACCAAGUUUCAGCACAUUUCACCCAAGACCAGGAACAAUUAUUCUAUCUCUGGUGAUACAGCAGAAAUGGAAGAAAUAGGCUAAGCUGAGAGUUGCCUGGGAAAACACGUGAAUGAGCGGACACCAAGGAAGGAAAACAAGAAGUUCUCCACGCCUUAUUAGAUAAGGAUCAAGCCAAAGGCUUCAAGAAUAUUAGUUGUCUAUCAUGAAGGUUUACUGAAUGUUACCAAGUAAUGUUUAGUAUGUGCUGAGAAGAGCAAAUGGCUGUCUUCCUUUUACUAUGUUACCAUGGAAGUUAUUAUGCAUUCUAUGCACUCAAGUGGAAUGAGAUGUUUUACUGCAGAAUCUGAAAACAGCCCAGCUUGCUCUGCUUUACCCAAAGCUUCCUGGGAACUCCCUAAGGCUCUGAGUCUCUGCACCCCAGAGGUGCUGUCCUGCAAUUCCAAAAGACAUUACACUGCUGACAAGAGUAGAUGCUGAUUUUUUUAUAUUGUUUUUACCAACCAUGGAACAAAGUAAUGGCACCAGAGUGACUGAAUUUAUUCUUCUGGGAUUUGCUGGGCAGCACAAAUCUUGGCACAUUCUGUUCAUAAUAUUUCUAAUGAUCUAUGUUGCCACACUCAUGGGUAACAUUGGCAUGAUCCUGCUCAUCAAAUUUGAUUCUUCCCUCCACACUCCCAUGUACUUUUUCCUACAACAUCUAGCCUUUGUCGAUCUCUGUUAUACCUCAGCUAUUACCCCCAAGAUGUUAAAAAACUUCAUAGAGACAAAAGCAUCCAUCUCCUACAUAGGAUGUAUGUUACAGCUGCUAGCCUAUGGUACUUUUGCAACCAUCGACUGCUUCAUCCUGGCUGCUAUGGCUGUGGACCGCUAUGUGGCCAUUUGUAACCCACUGCGCUAUCCCAUAAUCAUGUCUCAGAGACUGUGCAUUCUGCUGCUGGUUGGUUCAUAUACCAUGGGCUUCCUAAAUGCUUCUGUAAACACAAGUUUUACAUUCUCACUGAACUUCUGCAAUUCCAAUGCCAUCAAUCACUUCUUCUGUGAUGAACCUCCCAUUCUUGCCCUAUCGUGCUCCAGUAUUGACUUCAGUAUCCUGCUACUGACAGUCUUUGUGGGGUUCAACCUCAUGAGCACUGUGCUGGUUGUCAUCUUUUCCUACAUAUAUAUCUUGGCUGCUAUCCUAAGGAUGUCUUCUGCUGCAGGAAGGAAAAAGGCCUUCUCCACAUGUGCCUCCCACCUGACUGCAGUCACCAUUUUUUAUGGGACUCUCUCCUAUAUGUAUCUACACCCGCAUACCAAUGAAUCUCAAGAGCAAGAAAAGGCAGCUUCUGUAUUUUAUGGCAUAAUUAUUCCCAUGUUGAACCCCUUGAUCUAUAGUCUGAGAAACCAAGAUGUAAUAGAAGCCUUUAAAAAGAUGAGUAAGAAAUGGUUAUAA